AAAUGGUUAGAUGACACUCAACAAGUAUUAGAAGAAAAGAAGGAGAUCAAAAGAAAAUGCGACCUACUUCUAAAAAUUUACGAAGAACAGCGAAUCGAGAAAUUGCGGUACGAAAUGACUAAAUACAAAAUGGCAGCUCGAGCUGCAUUAUAUGAAUGGAUUGAUUAUUCCGUCGAGCCCAGACCCGACCCGGCAGCACUCCUUAGGAGCGCCGGCUUUGAGCCCGAAAUUUUAGAUCUGGAGGAUGCAGACUAG